AUGGGGAAGCACCACAACACAUCCACAGGAGGCACAGGAAGCGGAUCUCCCACUGUCCCCGUGAAGCACUCACCCACCGCAGACACUGUCCAAAUGUCUAAAGUGUCUAAAGUGUCUGUAGUGUCUAAAGUGUCUGUAGUGUCUAAAGUGUCUGUAGUGUCUAAAGUGUCUGUAGUGUCUAAAGUGUCUGUAGUGUCUAAAGUGUCUAAAGUGUCUGUAGUGUCUAAAGUGUCUGUAGUGUCUAAAGUGUCUGUAGUGUCUAAAGUGUCUAAAGUGUCUAAAGUGUCUGUAGUGUCUAAAGUGUCUGUAGUGUCUAAAGUGUCUAAAGUGUCUGUAGUGUCUAAAGUGUCUGUAGUGUCUAAAGUGUCUAAAGUGUCUGUAGUGUCUAAAGUGUCUAAAGUGUCUGUAGUGUCUAAAGUGUCUAAAGUGUCUAAAGUGUCUGUAGUGUCUAAAGUGUCUAAAGUGUCUGUAGUGUCUAAAGUGUCUAAAGUGUCUAAAGUGUCUGUAGUGUCUAAAGUGUCUAAAGUGUCUGUAGUGUCUAAAGUGUCUAAAGUGUCUAAAGUGUCUAAAGUGUCUGUAGUGUCUAAAGUGUCUAAAGUGUCUGUAGUGUCUAAAGUGUCUAAAGUGUCUGUAGUGUCUAAAGUGUCUAAAGUGUCUGUAGUGUCUAAAGUGUCUGUAGUGUCUAAAGUGUCUAAAGUGUCUAAAGUGUCUAAAGUGUCUGUAGUGUCUAAAGUGUCUAAAGUGUCUAAAGUGUCUGUAGUGUCUAAAGUGUCUAAAGUGUCUGUAGUGUCUAAAGUGUCUGUAGUGUCUAAAGUGUCUGUAGUGUCUAAAGUGUCUGUAGUGUCUAAAGUGUCUAAAGUGUCUGUAGUGUCUAAAGUGUCUAAAGUGUCUGUAGUGUCUAAAGUGUCUAAAGUGUCUAAAGUGUCUGUAGUGUCUAAAGUGUCUGUAGUGUCUAAAGUGUCUGUAGUGUCUAAAGUGUCUAAAGUGUCUGUAGUGUCUAAAGUGUCUAAAGUGUCUGUAGUGUCUAAAGUGUCUAAAGUGUCUGUAGUGUCUAAAGUGUCUGUAGUGUCUAAAGUGUCUGUAGUGUCUAAAGUGUCUAAAGUGUCUGUAGUGUCUAAAGUGUCUAAAGUGUCUAAAGUGUCUAAAGUGUCUGUAGUGUCUAAAGUGUCUAAAGUGUCUGUAGUGUCUAAAGUGUCUAAAGUGUCUGUAGUGUCUAAAGUGUCUAAAGUGUCUGUAGUGUCUAAAGUGUCUGUAGUGUCUAAAGUGUCUGUAGUGUCUAAAGUGUCUAAAGUGUCUAAAGUGUCUAAAGUGUCUGUAGUGUCUAAAGUGUCUGUAGUGUCUAAAGUGUCUAAAGUGUCUGUAGUGUCUAAAGUGUCUAAAGUGUCUAAAGUGUCCAAAGUGACUAAAGUGUCUGUAGUGUCUAAAGUGUCUAAAGUGUCUGUAGUGUCUAAAGUGUCUGUAGUGUCUAAAGUGUCUGUAGUGUCUAAAGUGUCUAAAGUGUCUAAAGUGUCUGUAGUGUCCAAAGUGACUAAAGUGUCUGUAGUGUCUAAAGUGUCUAAAGUGUCUGUAGUGUCUAAAGUGUCUAAAGUGUCUGUAGUGUCUAAAGUGUCUGUAGUGUCUAAAGUGUCUGUAGUGUCUAAAGUGUCUAAAGUGUCUAAAGUGUCUGUAGUGUCUAAAGUGUCUAAAGUGUCUAAAGUGUCUGUAGUGUCUAAAGUGUCUAAAGUGUCUGUAGUGUCUAAAGUGUCUGUAGUGUCUAAAGUGUCUAAAGUGUCUGUAGUGUCUAAAGUGUCUAAAGUGUCUGUAGUGUCUAAAGUGUCUGUAGUGUCUAAAGUGUCUGUAGUGUCUAAAGUGUCUAAAGUGUCUAAAGUGUCUGUAGUGUCUAAAGUGUCUAAAGUGUCUGUAGUGUCUAAAGUGUCUAAAGUGUCUGUAGUGUCUAAAGUGUCUAAAGUGUCUGUAGUGUCUAAAGUGUCUGUAGUGUCUAAAGUGUCUGUAGUGUCUAAAGUGUCUAAAGUGUCUAAAGUGUCUAAAGUGUCUGUAGUGUCUAAAGUGUCUGUAGUGUCUAAAGUGUCUAAAGUGUCUGUAGUGUCUAAAGUGUCUAAAGUGUCUGUAGUGUCCAAAGUGACUAAAGUGUCUGUAGUGUCUAAAGUGUCUAAAGUGUCUGUAGUGUCUAAAGUGUCUGUAGUGUCUAAAGUGUCUGUAGUGUCUAAAGUGUCUAAAGUGUCUGUAGUGUCCAAAGUGACUAAAGUGUCUGUAGUGUCUAAAGUGUCUGUAGUGUCUAAAGUGUCUAAAGUGUCUAAAGUGUCUGUAGUGUCUAAAGUGUCUAAAGUGUCUGUAGUGUCCAAAGUGACUAAAGUGUCUGUAGUGUCUAAAGUGUCUAAAGUGUCUGUAGUGUCUAAAGUGUCUGUAGUGUCUAAAGUGUCUGUAGUGUCUAAAGUGUCUAAAGUGUCUGUAGUGUCUAAAGUGUCUGUAGUGUCUAAAGCAGGGGUGCUCAAUACGUCGAUCGCGAUCUACCAGUCGAUCGCAAAGUGUGAGCACCCCUGGUCUAAAGUGUCUAAAGUGUCUAAAGUGUCUGUAGUGUCUAAAGUGUCUAAAGUGUCUGUAGUGUCUGUAGUGUCCAAAGUGACUAAAGUGUCUGUAGUGUCUAAAGUGUCUGUAGUGUCUAAAGUGUCUAAAGUGUCUGUAGUGUCUAAAGUGUCUGUAGUGUCUAAAGUGUCUGUAGUGUCUAAAGUGUCUGAAGUGUCUAAAGUGUCUAAAGUGUCUAAAGUGUCUAAAGUGUCUAAAGUGUCUAAAGUGUCUGUAGUGUCUGUAGUGUCUAAAGUGUCUAAAGUGUCUAAAGUGUCUGUAGUGUCUAAAGUGUCUAAAGUGUCUGUAGUGUCUAAAGUGUCUGUAGUGUCUAAAGUGUCUAAAGUGUCUAAAGUGUCUAAAGUGUCUAAAGUGUCUGUAGUGUCUAAAGUGUCUAAAGUGUCUGUAGUGUCUAAAGUGUCUAAAGUGUCUAAAGUGUCUGUAGUGUCUAAAGUGUCUAAAGUGUCUAAAGUGUCUAAAGUGUCUAAAGUGUCUGUAGUGUCUGUAGUGUCUAAAGUGUCUAAAGUGUCUAAAGUGUCUAAAGUGUCUGUAGUGUCUAAAGUGUCUAAAGUGUCUAAAGUGUCUAAAGUGUCUGUAGUGUCUAAAGUGUCUAAAGUGUCUGUAGUGUCUAAAGUGUCUGUAGUGUCUAAAGUGUCUGUAGUGUCUAAAGUGUCUAAAGUGUCUAAAGUGUCUAAAGUGUCUAAAGUGUCUAAAGUGUCUGUAGUGUCUAAAGUGUCUAAAGUGUCUGUAGUGUCUAAAGUGUCUGUAGUGUCUAAAGUGUCUGUAGUGUCUAAAGUGUCUAAAGUGUCUAAAGUGUCUAAAGUGUCUAAAGUGUCUAAAGUGUCUAAAGUGUCUGUAGUGUCUAAAGUGUCUAAAGUGUCUAAAGUGUCUGUAGUGUCUAAAGUGUCUGUAGUGUCUAAAGUGUCUGUAGUGUCUAAAGUGUCUGUAGUGUCUAAAGUGUCUGUAGUGUCUAAAGUGUCUAAAGUGUCUAAAGUGUCUAAAGUGUCUAAAGUGUCUAAAGUGUCUAAAGUGUCUAAAGUGUCUGUAGUGUCUAAAGUGUCUAAAGUGUCUAAAGUGUCUAAAGUGUCUAAAGUGUCUAAAGUGUCUGUAGUGUCUAAAGUGUCUAAAGUGUCUGUAGUGUCUGUAGUGUCCAAAGUGACUAAAGUGUCUGUAGUGUCUAAAGUGUCUGUAGUGUCUAAAGUGUCUAAAGUGUCUGUAGUGUCUAAAGUGUCUAAAGUGUCUAAAGUGUCUAAAGUGUCUGUAGUGUCUAAAGUGUCUAAAGUGUCUGUAGUGUCUAAAGUGUCUAAAGUGUCUAAAGUGUCUAAAGUGUCUAAAGUGUCUAAAGUGUCUAAAGUGUCUAAAGUGUCUAAAGUGUCUAAAGUGUCUGUAGUGUCUAAAGUGUCUAAAGUGUCUGUAGUGUCUAAAGUGUCUGUAGUGUCUAAAGUGUCUGUAGUGUCUAAAGUGUCUGUAGUGUCUAAAGUGUCUAAAGUGUCUAAAGUGUCUAAAGUGUCUAGUGUCUAA